AUGUCGACAAAACAGGCUGCAUUGUCCCUUUACCGUCGCUCCCUAAAGCUUGCGCUCGACUGGGCAGUCCAUCGGCACUUGUGGCGCGGCCAAGCUCUAUACAUACGCUCCUUAUUCGAGAAGAAUCGAACCGUCACAGACCCCAGACAACAACGGGCAUUGCUGAAGGAGACAGAAAAAUUGCUUGACAAGUGGAAGCACCCGGAUCCCUAUUGUCACCCGACAGCUCCUGGAGGAUCAAAAUAUGAGAGAAAUUUGCCUAUCCACAACAUCGAUCCCCCCCCACCUGAUUUGAAGUUUUAA